AUGUCUCUUUCAAUCAUCUUUGCUUCCGGGCUUUCGGAUAGCAAAAAAGUGGAAAGAAUUGCUGCUAUGACCAGAAGACUCUGCGACCCGAUCAUCUCCAAAGUUGACACUGAUGCCUCAACAGCCAUCGGUCCGGUGGUGGAAGCUAGCACCCCUAGAUUGGUUGAUCCAAGAAGGGUAGUGAAAGAAAAUUGUAUCCAUGAGACCCUCCAACACGGUAACAAAGGGAUGGCAAGGGAGGCGACAAGAAUCGGAUAUGUUCAUUCUGGUAAAUUAUUGGCACCCUAUGUCGUCACGCCGUAUGCGACACCAACGACGCUGGCACCAGCGUCUGACCCAUCUACUGCUCAUGAAGAACAAAGUGUUCCGGACUUCACAUUGAUCAAUGGGGAUUUUACCAAUGCUGACGACAAUCAUACUCAAAGGUCAAAUUUGCUGCAAACGAUAGUAGAUGGUCCUCGAGAUGUCAGAGACAAUCUCCGAGAUAGGUUGGGGAAGCUUAUUAGGAUGCUGAACUCCCCCUCCUCCAGUUAA